CAGGAAGGGGAAGUCACAGUUCAAGAAACUAGUCAUGUAAAAAUAACUAACUCUGCUCUGUACUUGUUUUAUUUAAGAGGAAAAAGGCUUCAGACUCAGAACAUGUUCGGCGGAGAGGACGAGGACGGAGACUUCCUGUCUCCGUCAGGAGGGGCCAAGCUGGCCUCCCUGUUUGGACUAGACCAGGAAGCCAGUCAGGGGAAUGAGUCAUUUCAGUAUACAGCCCCCAAACAGCCCAGGAAGAGCUCCACCCCAGCGCCGCCCACCCAGAAACAAGCUCCACCACCUGGAGCUCCAGCAGUGUUAUAUGCCACAGCAGUCCAAGCCUUCAGAUAUAUUAACGGCCAGUAUGUGAAGCAGGGGAAGCUGGGAGCAGCCGCGCUGGGCAACCACACAACAAAAGAGUACAAACUGCUUCUGUACUUGAGCCAACAGAAACAAGUGACCGCUGCCAAGAUUCAUACGGGCUUUGUUUUCACGGUACAACCAAACAACUACUGCACUUUUUACGACGACCAGAGGCAGAACUGGUCCCUGAUGUUUGAAUCGGAGAGAGCUUCAUCAGACUUCUGCAAGGAGGUGUGUUUGGCGAAAGCAAACAGCACGGCCUCCUUAGAUGCUGUGGUGGUUCAGGACCUGAGUCUCGGGGAGGGGCAGGGGGUGGAGAAUGGAGACUGUCUGGAGGUGUUGUACACAGGCUGGCUCCUGCAGAACCACACAAUCGGCCAGAUGUUUGACUCCAACCAGAACAAAGACAAGUUGCUGCGACUGAAAAUCGGAGCUGGAAAAGUGAUAAAAGGCUGGGAGGAAGGGAUGCUGGGGAUGAAGAAGGCUGGCCGCCGUCUCAUCAUCGUCCCACCCAGCCUCGCUUACGGAUCCAAGGGAGUCGCCAACUGUGUCCCGGCUAACAGCACUCUUAUCUUUGAAGCAGAGCUUCGGCGGGUGAAGUUUUCAAAGGACAGUGGCUCUGAUCGGGCCAGUGUCAGCUCCAGAGACUCUGCUGCCCCGUCUCCUGCUCCUCCCUCAGUCCCCAGUGUGGAGAAUCUGACCCCAGAGCCCACACUCCAGAAGGCUGCCCCAGACCCAGGCAGACCAGGGGAGCCUCCACUUCGUGCAAAGUCAAACUCCCUCAGUGAACAGCUGGCAAAUCCAGACGCCACUAAAGCCAAGCUGAUUUCCCGCAUGGCGAAGAUGGGUCAGCCCAUGUUGCCCUUUCUGGCAGGAGUGGCGAGCCAGCCUGAAUCCAGCGACUCUGAGCUUGAGGACACCAGUAGCAGUAGAGUGAAGGAUCGGCCUGUAGCUUCAUCUCCAGUGCAGAUCUCCAUUGCUGCUCCAGCUUCAGCACACGCACAUCCUCAUCCUCACAGUGCACCACCUUCUGCCUUACUUCCUGUUAUGACCACUGUUGCCCCACAGCCCGGGCUGCCAGACAGCAGCCGUGCCUUUCAGCCUUACACCUAUACUCAGAGCUCUGUGGCUCCAUCUCAGCUGCAGCAUGUUGGCCAGGUCUACCCUGCACAAACUGUCCCAUAUGUGGGCUCCGGUGACCUGACUUCCUUCCUGAUGACUGAGGCACGCCAGCACAACACAGAAGUCCGGUUAGCUGUCGGAAAAGUAGCAGAUAAAGUGGAUCAACUGGCCUCAAAGAUCGACGACCUUCAAAGGCAGGGGAGUCUUUCCAUGGGUGUGUCUGGUCUGUCGAUGGAGACCUCCAUGAUCGUGCACAACAUCCAGAGAAUUGUGCAGGAAAACGAAUGUUUAAAGAAAGAAGUGUUUGAGAAAAGUUCUCGCAUUGAGGAGCAAAACUGUAAGAUUGGGGAACUCAUCAACCAGAACCAGAGGUACGUGGAGCAGAGUAACCUGCUGAUGGAACAGAGAAACGACUCCCUCAAAUCAUCCAGUGAACACAACCAGGCCAGACUCCUGCAGGCUGAGCAGGACAAGGUUCGUCUAACAGAAGAUCUGGCUUCAUCUGCAGCCCGGCUGUCCCAGCUGCAGCUGGAAGCCACAGCUCACCAGCAGAAGGCCGUGGAGCUGCAGAGUAAACUGAGCUCAGUGCUGCAGGACGGUGAGAGCCACUGCCAACGCAUCGCUGCCCUGGAGACACAGCAGGAAGAGCUGAAGGAGGUGGCAGAGAGGGCUCAGGCCCAGUACCGCUCAGAGAAGCAACGACGCAAAGAGAUGGAGCUGAGAGUCAACAACAUGGAGGAGGAAGUGCAGGACCUGAAGACCGACAGAGAGGGUCUAGAACGAACACUAUUGGACAGAAAGAAGAAGUGGCAGGCUGAGCGCCAGCGUCGGGACGAGGAGGUGGAGGACCUCCGCAAGAGCAGCCAGCAGGAGGUGGACAACCUCCGAGCUCAGCUUCGCAAGGCCAGGACCAGCACUGACACCGCCGUGUCAGAACAGUUGUCUCAGCUGCAGGCGGAGCUGGACGACGACUGGAAGAGGAAGUGUGAGCAGAUGUUGGCCUCUGCUAAAGAGCAGCACAGGAGAGAGCUGAUUGACCUAUCAGAGCAGAGAGAUGCUCUGCAGGACAAGAUGACCCAGCUGGAGGAGAAGUUUACAGCUCUGAAGCAGUCGAGGGAUUCAGAGGAGCAGAGGUUUCUGCAGCAGCACGGUCAGACUGAGGAGCUGCAGGCCCUGCAGGAGAAGUACACAGCCUUGGAGAGACAAGGAGGAGCUGUGAGGGAGAAGCUUGAAAGAAGAGUAUCUGAACUGGAGAAGAAACUGGUAGAGCAGGAGAGUUCAGGAGACACUGCAGCAGAGGUGAAGCGCGUGAUGAAUGGAGUAUUUCAUUCUCUGCGAGGGGAGUUUGAUGUCAGUGAAUCCUACAGUGGACAGGCUGUGCUGGGGGUGAUUGUCUCCACCAUUAAGAAUGUAACUCUGCAGCUGCUCAGUGGCUCCGACACGUCGUCCUCCCUCCAUAAGAAAGAAGAGGAAGCCGAGGAACAGGAGGAAGAAGAAAGUGAUGAUGUGAAACGAAGAAAGGAGAAGCCUCAUCAGAAUGUACAUGUGAAUGGAGAGAGACAAGUCAAAGAGGAAGAGAAGGAGGAUCAGGAGGAGGAGGAGGAGGAGGAGGAACAUGUGGCUGAGCUGGAUUCUCACCAUAUCAGUGGGACCCAGAUGAAUCAGGAUGUAGCAGCAGAGAUAGAGACUGAGACAGUAACUGAGUCAAAGACACAAAGCCAGACAGAGGCUUCACAGGCCACCGAUCUCCAUCCAGCUUCAUCCACUGAACACAAACCACAGGGGACAGAGUUUGAAGUUCAGCAGGAGCUAGGAGAAACCACCCCAGAACCAGAAGACAAGUCUGCAGAUCCAGAUGAUGGAUUUGAUGAGAGUUCACCACCUGAGGAUGAACAGGAACCUGUGUCAGGCAAAAACAAUGUAGAGCAUGAAGCAGAAAUAAAUACUGCUUCUCAGAAAGCUUUUGGACCCCCAGCCGACCCACCACCACCACCAACUGCACUGCAGGACAGCUCAGGAGAGCACACACUUCUGACUGGGGGAAUUGGUGAGAAAAAUGGAAAGGAGACAUUUUUCCAGAUCACAACUCCUGCCAACCCCCCCACAGCACCCAGCGAGGAGGACGAGGAGGAUGAGAUGAGUUUGAAGGGGCGUCCACCCCCCGCCCCUCUGUUUGGUGAUGAUGAGGAUGAUAAUGAUCUGGACUGGCUGAACUGAGAUGGAACCAGAAUCAUUUAAUAAUCAAUACUAAAAACAGCAAGGUGCCUCACCUGCUGUUUCCCCUGGUGGAGCAGCGAGGAUGACGUCAGGAGCUUCAGCAGAUGAGUGUGCGUGGACCGAGCGGCCCAGCUCUUCACCCCUGUGUUGUUCUGCUGACUGACACCUGUUGUUACGGCGACCUGGAGAACAAACCCUCAUUCUGAGGCUCUGAUUCUGGUUGAAAUAAGCCUGUAAUUCACAGAGGAAUCAAAACAAAUACUGUUCAUUAAUCAUGUGAUACCUGUUGGUGAUGUCAUUCAAUACCAAAUUUUUACAUGUAGCAGAUUAGUUUGUUGAAUCAGCAGUGAUCGGACUGUACCAUGGUUAUUAAUUGUUAGCUUGCUGCUUUAAGAAUAGAGGUUUUACACAAUUUUGCUAAUCUGAAAUUCAAUUCAGAAAAUAAAUGACAUGGAAAACGUGA